AUGACUUCGACUUUCAGUGCACCAUCAAUCCGUUACAUAUCCCCCACCGAAUUGAGUGAACUUAUGAAGAGUGGGAAGGAACCUAUGAAGGAUUAUGUUGUCAUCGACGUUCGCGACGAAGAUUUCCUUGGAGGAAAUAUCGUUGGUUGCGUGAGGGCGCCCUCGUCAAAUUACCUUACUACCGUAGACAGCCUUAUCUCCAAGACUAAAGAUGUCCCCAAAAUGAUAUUUCAUUGUGCUUUGUCGCAACAAAGGGGGCCCAAGGCUGCGAGGGUUUACGCCGAAACUCGUAAUAAUAAACUUAAUCCCGGCGAGACACCAACACAGGAAAUCUACGUCCUCCGUGGCGGAUUUACGGAAUUUCAACGAUUGUUCAAGGAUGACCCCGUAUUAGUCGAAAAAUGGAGAAAGGAAGUGUGGCAAGGGUAUUAG